AUGCCAAGCGGUGCUAGAGGUGAGGUAGAAGCGGACGCCAGUGGGCUAGGCAACAUGGAAGGCCCUAGUGGAGGUGGAGACGCACUAGACAACGUUAGUGAAGGCGCAGGAGGUGACGUAGGCAUUGGAGGAGAGGACCCAAGUGGCAUCGGCAGGCACCCACUCUCACAAAGGCAUGAAGAGGAAUACUAUACCAGAUUCACAGCAAGGCAAGGGAACUACAAAUAG